AUGCCUCAGGCUCCAAGGGUCAAGAUGAGUCACCGGAAGUACGAAGCGCCUCGGCACGGCUCUCUUGCCUACCUGCCUCGCAAGCGUGCCGCCAGACACCGUGGACGUGUCAAGAGCUUCCCCAAGGAUGACCCCAAGAAGCCCGUCCACCUGACGGCCUCCAUGGGUUACAAGGCCGGUAUGACCACUGUUGUCCGUGACCUUGACCGUCCUGGUGCCAAGAUGCACAAGAAGGAGAUUGUUGAGGCUGCCACUGUCAUUGAGACUCCUCCUCUCAUCGCCGUCGGUGUUGUCGGAUACAUUGAGACUCCCCGUGGUCUCCGCUCGCUCGCCACCGUCUGGGCUGAGCACCUGAGCGACGAGGUCAAGCGUCGCUUCUACAAGAACUGGUACAAGAGCAAGAAGAAGGCUUUCACCAAGUACGCCAAGAAGCACUCCGAGGAGAGCGGCGCCGGUGUCACCCGCGACCUCGAGCGCAUCAAGAAGUACUGCACCGUCGUCCGUGUGCUCGCCCACACCCAGAUCCGCAAGACCCCCCUCAAGCAGAAGAAGGCCCACCUCAUGGAGAUCCAGGUCAACGGUGGCUCCGUUGCCGACAAGGUUGACUUCGCCCGCAACUUGUUCGAGAAGCCCAUCGAGAUCGACUCCAUCUUCGAGAAGGACGAGAUGAUCGAUGUCAUUGCCGUCACCAAGGGUCACGGUUUCCAGGGUGUCACCUCCCGUUGGGGUACCAAGAAGCUUCCUCGCAAGACUCACAAGGGUCUCCGCAAGGUCGCCUGUAUCGGUGCCUGGCAUCCUUCCCACGUCCAGUGGACCGUUGCCCGUGCUGGUCAGAUGGGUUACCACCACCGUACCUCUUGCAACCACAAGGUCUUCCGCAUCGGCAAGGGCUCCGACGAGGCCAAUGCCUCUACCGAGUUCGAUGUCUCCAAGAAGCAGAUCACUCCUCUUGGUGGCUUCGUCCGCUACGGUGAGGUCAAGAACGAUUACGUUCUCCUCAAGGGCUCCGUCCCCGGUGUCAAGAAGCGUGUUAUGACCCUGCGCAAGACCCUCUACCCCCAGACCAACCGCCGAGCCACCGAGAAGGUCGAGCUCAAGUGGAUCGAUACCUCAUCCAAGUUCGGCCACGGUGCUUUCCAGACCCCCGAGGAGAAGCGCGCUUUCAUGGGUACCCUCAAGAAGGACCUUGUUACUUCUGCUUAG